UUUAAAUUGUUACUUUUUGAAAGGGAAUUUAUUAUUAAAAAAUUAACAAAUAAUGAGUAGUAUUUGCUUGUGGUGAUUUGAAGUUUUUUGGUGUAUUUAAAAAAAUGUUACAUUUAAAAAGAAAAAAUAAACGCCGAUGAAGUAUUGGCUUAUCGCAGGCCACCCACUCUCAACUUAUCAUCAAAAGAAACUAAACAUGUCGAUAUAAACGUAAAAAAAGAAAAACAUAUUUAGUGCCAAAUCUAGCACAACCAAAUUUAGAAUGAUAUGAUUUCAACACUGCCAUCGAUCUUCUCGAAUGCAACAUCCUCGAUUAUAGAGCUUAACAUAAAUUCGACAACUGCCAGUUACGUUUACGAAUAUCUCUUGAAUUCGUCUAAUUCGAGUUAUGAGAAUGGAACUCAAAUGGAGUACCCCGUUUUACCUUCCUAUAUUAGAAUUACCUCGAUGGUUUUUUGUAUCGUCAUCAUGUGUUUGGGUGUCAUCGGAAACGUUAUGGUACCGAUCGUCAUCUUCAAAACGAAAGACAUGCGAAACAGUACAAACAUUUUCUUAGUGAAUCUAAGUGUUGCGGAUUUGAUGGUGCUUUUGGUAUGUACACCGACGGUGUUGGUCGAAGUGAAUUCACCACCAGAAACAUGGGUACUUGGCGAAGAAAUGUGUAAAGCUGUACCAUUCGUAGAACUUACAGUAGCCCACGCAUCAGUAUUAACAAUAUUGGCGAUAAGUUUCGAAAGAUACUACGCCAUUUGUAAACCAUUAGAAGCCGGGUACAUUUGUACGAAGACGAGGGCGUCGUUGAUAUGUCUUUUGGCUUGGGUAAUUGCGGCAGUUUUCACAAGCCCAAUCCUGGCGAUAACAACGUAUACUAGCGGAAAUUCUUCGCCUCCCGACUGCAGGACAUUGGCCAAAGAAGUUUGGCCUCAAGCUUAUUUUCUGAGUAGUAUAGUCAUAUUUUUCAUUGUGCCACUCCUAAUUCUUUUAGUAUUAUACUUUAUUAUAGCGAAAACAUUAAUUACAAACGCAGCCACUUUAGUACUCAAUAAACACAUUGAUAGUUACUCAAAUAGGGCGAGAAAACAAGUCAUAAUGAUGCUUGGAACGGUUGUAUUAAGCUUUUUUGUCUGUUUAAUCCCGUUUAGAGUAUUUACUUUAUGGAUUAUAGUCGUUCCAGAAGAAAAAUUUUAUCAAUUAGGCGUUGAAAAAUACUUUAACAUUUUAUAUUUUUGUAGAAUUAUGUUGUAUUUAAACUCGGCUGUUAAUCCUAUUUUAUAUAACCUGAUGAGUUCGAAAUUUCGAACGGGGUUUUUAAUAUGUUCCAGUAAACGUAAAAGACGUUAUUUUAAUCGAUCUAGGAACGGCACGAUGACCACCACUAUAAAUUCGAGCAGAAGCAGUUCCUCCACAAACCACCAGGAUGGUUAUCGGGUUUGCUUUCAUUCUAAAAACAAUACGAUCGCUUUUAAACCAAACGAAUCUCCGGUAUCGAAUAGGAACAGCUUCGGCUUGAAAAUGCAGACUGAUAGAUUGAUUAAACACGAAGAUAUGAUCAUUUUACACAAAAAAAUUAAAGAUCAAGAUCAUAUUCGUACUGCACACAUUGUGUAGAAUGAUUUCAAUUCACUAAAAGUAUUUAUUAUGUAUUUAAAAAUGGCCAGUAUUCCAUUUAUAUUUGUUAUUGUUAAAACUCAUUACAAUAUUUCGAGUUUUACCACUAACACAAUUUAUACCUAUUAGAAAUUAUUUAUUUAUAGAUUUAGGAAAAUAAAAAAAAUAUUUAAAUAAAAACCGCUUAUGUUGUAGUAAAGUGUAGGCAUCAUUGCUGUUGUUAUAUGUGUCCACAACCAAAGAUAAUCCCUUCAAAAAUAAACAUAAACCUUCUUUUGUGUAGA